UUCUUUUCGAACGUCAAGUGGAAACUACUUACAUACUGUAUAAUUAUAUUAUUGUAUAUUUGAAUAAUACACAAUAAGUAAUUAAAAAUGUAUUAAAACAAACUAAUUUGAACGUUAACAUGGCAUAUCUUUAGGGUCACUAGAAAAUAACACUAUACAGCCGAAAAAUAUGGAUAUGAAAAUAUUAAAAGUAACUUAUGUGGUAGUGUUCCUCUGUCCAUCAGUAUUUGGGGUAGAAUAUUCUAGAUCUGACGAAGGAUAUCCUACAGGUAUAUUUUCGGACUGUCCUGGAUCAUGGAAACCAGCUGUCAUCAAGCCAAAGACUCUGAAAAAGCUCUUCAUAUCAGUUAUUGGCGAUAAUCAUUCAGGAUAUACGGGGCAUUACAAUUACUAUGGCAUGGACCAGUUAGCGAAAAAUCCCGACAUAGAUUUCAAGAAGAAGACAUGGAUGUACGUUGGGGGCUACUUCGAGGCAAAUGCGUUUAAUGCUGGGCGGAAUAUGGGAUAUGACUACAAGGCUAGGGGAUACAACGCACUUUCUCUUGACACGCUACAGUUCACGACAAUUUAUUAUCCUCAAGCCGCACGCAUCGCACGUGCCGUUGGUAAGCAUGCAGCGGAAAUGCUGGUCAAGCUAACACGCCACGGUCUCGACCCCAAAAAACUCGAAAUCACCGGCAUGAGUCUCGGCGCGCAAACUAUGGGCUUCAUAGCCAAGAACUACCGACAAAUAACCGGACAAAACAUAUCUUUGCUGACUGCAUUGGACGGAGCUGGUUCUUGCUACAGGCAUCUCGGAACUGAUCAAAGAUUGGAUAAAUCUGACGCUGAUUUCGUUGUGAGCGUUCUUACAACCAUGGACAUAUCUAGCAUAUCUGUUCCUUACGCUCAUAUAACGUUCUAUGUUAACGGGGGAGCGUUUCAAGAAGGUUCCAUUGCAUGGCUUCCCUGCGAUGCCAUAUGCAGUCAUUCCAGGGCAUAUUUCAUCUGGUGGGCCGCUGUGGUAUAUCCUGAUGCUUUUAUAGCUGUGCGUUGUGAUACUGUCCAGCAAGCUAGAGAUGGUGACUGUUACGAUUUGCAGCCAAUGGUGACGAAUAUAAUGGGCCCGUUGAUUGAUAGAAGCAAAACUGGGAUUUUUUAUUUACGUACAACGAACAAAUGGCCGUAUGCUUUGGGAAAGAGAGGUCUGAAGAAGUCUAAGAUGACCUAAGGCCUCAGUUACAUACUAGGUUCCUGGGUAACGAUACUUCUUUCAGUAUGAACAAGUACAUUUUAGUUCAUAAGAUACUUUUACGCUUUGUUACUAUUCGCUAUAAUUUUUUUUAGAAUUUUAAGAACACAUC